UUAUAUUGCCUAUUUUGUGGUUGAAACAGCUGUUGGAUAUGCAUGUUUUUACCAUAUUGUCAAAUCAAGACUAGUAACUAAUGAUGGAACGUCUGGUUUUUAAUUUCUUAUUGUAGAUGCUAUAUUCCUCAACCCAGUAGUUUGAAUAUUCCCCUCAGUGUCUAUAGCUGUUACCACGCUAUCAGGCAGCGAGUUGAUUGACAUCCUGGUGCUUUGAAUUGAGCUUAUUCACUAAAACAUUUCCUUUUUUCCCCCUCUGACAGACCAGCAUAGGGUUUCAUUUAGACAUGUCUGAAAUGACACUGCAGCGUUCAUGACUGGGAGGAGAGAAUAUGGUUCCCACUUACCCAGAAGUAAAUUGACAUGAUCAGAUUACGUGCUCCUGAUCAGAGCCACAUGCCGAGGUGCAUUGAUUGAGUCUGCGGAUGCCUUCCUGUUCAUCUUCUCAUGCACCGUUUGCAAAGUCUGCUCGUCUGAGCCAAACUCACCAGUCAAGAAUCCUUUAACAACUUUACCAACAACAACAUGGGUAACCCACGGCUGACUCCAUUAGCCAGUUUGACGGUCGUGCUUCCUCUGGCUCAGAUCAAGCAGCCGAUGACCUUGGGCACCAUCACCAAGCGCACCGGACCCUACCUCUUUGGGGCUGGAUGUUUUUCCAUUAAAACUCCAUGCAAAUCGAAGCCGCCUCCCCAGAUCUCUCCCAGUAAGUCCAUUGGUGGGGAGUUCUGCCUGGCUGCAGUCUUCGCCUCCUCCCGCUCUUGGUUCAUCACCAACCCCACCAUGAAGAGAGAGAAAGAAAUAGUUCCUCCCUCAGAAAGUGGAUCGAGGUUCUACGGCUGUUAUUCCCUUGUCCACAAUAAAGAUGGUGGUCUCAGACCCAUCUUAGACCUCAGACUCCUGAACCUUUCCCACAUGAGACGGCAGUUCAAGAUGUUGACAUAG